AAUGAUGAUGCAAAGACGUCAUCGACUAUCAUCUCGCUUGGAUGUAUAGUUUAUCCGUGAUGCCCGGCAUAUAUAUUGCCUUUGAAACUUGUUCAACCAAUGCUGAGCAACCCAAGUCCAACGGCCUUGGCAUCUAAAUAUAGCGCUGGGUGUUGCAAUGUAAAACUUGCACGAAUUUUGUUCGGUGAACGACUCACGUCGGUUUCCUUCUGCACCCUAUACCACCAACACAGUCGAAGCCAAACUCUUGUUGGUAGCCGGACGACAAAAAGCCGCUCCCUUUAAUCAAAAUUUACGUUUUGUAAUAGCUGUACAGCAUCGAUUCAUUUGGACUAUUCUGAAAAAUUAUAUCUGACUACCAGACGAUUACAAUGGCAGGUUCAGGAAAUUACUACUAUGAACGACCCAGUCAACGAGAGUUUGCUCCCUAUGGUGGAGGCUAUGCCAUGCCUCCAAUGAUGCCCUACCCAAACGCAAUGCGUAGCAACUGCAUGCCGGCACCAAGGUACCAAGGGGCCGUUCCAAGGAUCGCGUGUCAGUUUCCACAAUCAAUGUUCGCACGGGAGAGAGAUGGAUAUCUCCGUGACAGAGCUCCGUAUGAUGACGAAGAUGACGAAGAUAUUGACGCAAUGAAGACCCAGCAAGAAAAAUCGCGGUACACUCGGGCUUCCCAGCGAGAAGCCGAUGAGGAUUUUGAAUUUGAGAAACCCCAGCACGUCCGUCCGCGUCCUAACCGUUCCGCUUAUGUGGAUGACGAAGGCGAGUUUGAAACCGUCAGAACUUCUUCGACGAGACCACGGAUCAAUGUGGACGCGCUCUUCGACGAUGAUGGAGACGCAGAACCCACACUGAAACUAGAAGACAUUGAAGAAGAUCUACGUAAAUUGCGUCAGGCAACCACUUCUGCGCUCAACCGUUACACAGCAAAAUCAAACUCCCAGCCGUCUACUCGUCUUUCUCGUUUUUUUGCGACUUAUCUCAAUGAAGACAAGAACUAUGACAGAAGCGGUUCGAGCUCCAGCUCAUAUGUUCGACCGUCUUCGUUGAAGCCGCUCGAUUCCUCUUCGUAUGAACCACCCACGUACGACACCCAGCGCUCCAUGUACACUUCCAGCCGUUCCGCCAAUAAGGAAUCGGAUUCGGAAAAUACCACUUCUGGCAAAAGAGAGCCGAUGGCCGUGCCACAGGAUUAUGCCGAACAAGCGUCACAGCCGAGACGUAGGACACCAAGAACUCGUGAAGACGACACCAAAAUCAACUCUAGAAUUGAUGUCAUGUCACGCUACAUUUUGUCAAAGAACAAGGCCAAAAAUUAAGCAGAGGUCGAAGAAGAAUGAAAUUUGGGGUUUUGUGGGAUUCAGUCUCAGGGCAAAUGUCCCUUUACUAUUCUCUUCUAUAAAAUAUUCGUGGCUCAUGUGAUGUCCUCUAAAGUGCUGUUGUAUUAGUUUAGUUCGGUUCUGUUUGAUACGCCGGAAUACCGCAGCAUAUACCUUAAGUGUCGUACUAAUUGUCAUGCUUUGCUGCCUAUCCUGUUCUAUCUUGUGUACAGUAUUUCCAGUAUGUUAUGCCACAGAAAAUAAAAAAAAGUGCAAAUUGA